AUGCCCAGAGGAAAAAAGAGUAAGGCCCGUGCUCGUGAGAAACGUCGCCAGAACCAAGAUGAGGCCCAGGGGCUAAAUGAUGCUCAGGCAAAGGCAGCAGAGAAAGGAGAGUCACUUGCCUGCUCUGACCAAGCUUCAGGAGAUGCUGGGCCAAGUACUUCUACUGCUGGCUUGCCACAGGGCAAGGCGCCCACUACCAGUGCUGACAUGCCUCACAAAAGGUCUGGUAAAGGAGCAAAGGGCCAAAGAGAGAAAAAUGGUAGUUCCUUUAUGGCCCCAUUAUCCACUGGAAGCAAACAGAUGGAUCUUUUAUCAAAGAAGGCAGCAUUGCUGGUAUCAUUCUUGCUCUGCAGGUACAAAAUUAAACAGCCUGCAAGGAGGGCAGAUAUGCUGAAAGUUAUCAAUAAAAGGUUCAAGGAGCACUUCCCUGAGAUCUUCGAGAUAGCCCGCCGUCGACUGGACAUAGUGUUUGGCAUUGAGAUGGAAGAAGUCCAGCCCAAUGGUGAGGCCUACAUGCUUGUCAGCAAGCUAGAUUUCAAGGAUGAUGGGAGUAGCUGCACUGAGCUGGGUGUUCCCAACAGGGGCAUUCUGACUCCCCUCCUAAGUGUGAUCUACUUAAAUGGCUACAUUGCCACAGAGAAGGAGGUCUGGCACUUCCUGAAUAUGUUAGGAGUCUAUGAUGAGGUCCCACACCUCAUCUUUGGGAAUGUAAGGAAGCUCAUCACUGAAGAUCUAGUGGAAGAAAAGUACCUGGAAUACUGUCAGAUUCCUGACAGUGACCCACCAUGCUAUCAGUUCCUAUGGGGUCCAAGAGCCUAUGCUGAAACCAGCCAGGCAACAGUGAAGGACUUUUUAGCUAAGAUCAGUAAAGCCAUGCCCAGUGCUGCCUUGUCUCCUUAUGAACAGUCUUUGAUUGAAGAGGUAGAGAAAAUCCAAGCCAAAUCUGCAUACAAACCCGAGACCAAAGACAAAGCUAAGGGACAUUCUAAGAGCAAGUUGAGUGAUCCUGCUCCCUAA